UGCGCAGCUUCUGUUGGUCCGAAGAAGAGGAGCAUCGCUGUCAUGGCGGCCAAGGUGGUGAUGGUGGCCGUCCCAACGGUGCUGGGAAUAGCCUCGGUUCGAGUGUACAGCGUGAAGGAAGCCCCCUCAGACGGGCUGGUCUCUCCAGAUAAGCUGAACAUCUACACCCCGCUGUCAGAGGCUGCUUCACCUAAGGCUGCUCCAGAGAGUCCAGGACUUAUCGAGCAGAGGUUAACUACAACCAGAGAGAGCGUUCUGCCCUAUGUCCAAGCUGUGAAGCGGGCCUGUGUCUCUGUCAAAAGGGGAAGUGUUAACCUUUACCAUGCUGCAGAAGAUGUUUAUUACUACAUGAUAGACCCUCCUCCUGGUUUCCUGCCCAGACUCGGCACCAUCACCAUGGCUGGCCUGCUGGGCAUGUUCCUGGCACGGAAAGGCUCUCGUUUCCGGAGGGUAGCCGUUCCUUUGGGACUCAUGGGAGCCGGGGUGUCGGUGUGCUACCCAGCCCAAGCAGUGUCUGUGCUGAAGGUGACGGGAAACAAGGUGUACGCCGCCGGCCAGUGGAGCAGCGCCGCAGCAUCAUCGCUCCUCGCUGCCAAGGAGCCGGCUGGCAAAGAGAGGGCUUCUUCACAGCCGCAGCCUCCCUCAGAACCAGGUGAGGAGUCUGGAUUGACCAACUCUUCUUCAUCAGCUAAGAUCUCCUCAGAAGUGGAAUCAGCUUCUCUUUCAGACGAGCCGGUUGUCCCCUCGACAGUAGAGCUUCCAGGAACAUCUCCAGCAGAGACGGGAUCGGCUGCUACAGCUUCUGCAGCACAAACAGAGCCGCCUCAUCCCUCUGAAGAAGCAGUAGAGAACAAGAAGCUCUCAGAUGGAAAACCUGUUUCCAUUGAUGGGACGCCAGCAGGCGUAGAGCUGGAGACGGUCCAGGACGAGUCUGCUGCAGAGGAGUCUGAAGGACAAAUUCCUCCAGGCUCUUCCACCGUGGAUCCUGUUGUUGAAUCAGAGGCAGCAGAGGAGCCGUCACUUCCUGUUGCCGAGGAGACGCUAACCUCAAUGCCGCUCAGGACGCCGCCUCCUCAGCAGCCUGAAGCAGGAAACACAAAAGAGGGCUCUGGUUUUAAGACGGACCCGGCUCUCAUGGACUUUGGCCAGUCCAGCCCUGAAGAUGAAGACCUGUACAGCACGCGCAGCUGAGGGAGCUACCAGAGGAACCUGAUUCUCACACUGCCGGCCCCGUCACUCUGCAAGCAGUUUGCAGAAACUUUCCAUCGUUAUUUCCACCUCUGAUCCUCUGUCUCCGCCCACAUCGUCAUAUUUUCAUAGAAAAUGUGCAGCAUUGUAAUAAAUGUUAAUUUACAGAAACAAGCUGGAAAAUAAAGAUCCACGCAUUCAAUAAGAAACGACAGAAAGAGGAACAGUUUAUGUUUGUGUGGCUCUAAUGUUUCCCACUGUUAAAUACGCAUAUCGCUGUUAUUUAUUGUAAUCCAGCCAACUAGUUGAUCCUUUAAAUAUUCCUCUCAGAUGUGCAGAUUAUGACUGCAGGGAAGAACAAAGCCGCUUUCUGCCAGAUCAGGAAAUGUUGCUGAAGAAAUGCAGAAUAAAUCUUUAUUUUUUGUGAACUCAUCUUUCGAGUCAUUUUUCAGAAUCCAUUAAAACCCUAAAUGACGGAAUUCAGCUAGCGCUAACCACCUGGUGAUGUCAUCGUUUGAGGUACCUGAAGAUGGCGGUGCCCUUACAU